CUCAGUUCCAGACAUUGGGAUUGUUAUACUCACAAGCUCUGUUGUUUCCGCAUAACAGCAACACACACAGCGUCGACCAUGUCGCGGUGCCAGGCUGUUGCGAGGCCAUUGGCACGGCAAUUGCGCCAGCAAUGCGCAAUCCGGCCCUUCACGACGGGUGCUGCCCGCGCUGCGGCUGCCACCGAGGAAGUACAGCAAACUUCUUCUUCAGCAGCGGCACAGCCCAGCCCUCUUGAUCUCGAUCCCAACAGCGUCUUGCCAGAAUUCGAAAGCAACCUGAUCAAAGCGGGCAAGAUGCCCAUCGGAUCCCGGAGACGAAGAGUCGCCAUGCGCACCACUGCGAACCUGCCCUUUGAGCAGCUGCCGUACCAGGCGUUCCAAGAGGCACGGGCCAUUCUUGCGGCGGACCGACAGGAGAAGGUGACCAAGAUCCAGGAGGAGCUGGAGAAGAUUUCGUUGCUGGAGAAGAAGGACGCAUCGCUGGUCAAGGGCGGGCAGGCAAUGAAGGAUACGAAGCUGGCCAGCUUGAGGCGCUAUGUUGAGCAGCUCAAGAUCCAGGCGGACAUUAACGAUCCUCUGGUCAAGAAGCGCUUUGAAGACGGUCUAGGAGACAUGAACAAGCCCAUCUAUCGCCACUACGCCGAGCGCAAAUGGCGCUCCUACGACUACCGCCUCAUCACCCAACGCAUCAAGCAGUUCAACAUCGUCCCCGACGUCCUCCCCAAACUCGACCCCGUCGCCGACGUCCAGCUCUACUUCCGCCAGGCCAAGAUCCCCCCCGGCGAGAUCGUCGACUCCCUCAUCAGCGAGAACCCGCCCCGCCUGCGCGUCCAGGUCUUCGACAAGGGCCCGCGGCUCGUCUCUCUUGUCGUGCUCGACUCGGACGUGCCCGACGUUGAAAAGGACGCCUUCUCCAAGCGCUGCCACUUCCUCGCCGCCAACAUCUCGCUCAGCCCCAGCGACACCUCCCUCCCCCUGAGCAGGAUCCGCGCCGACGACCAGCUCGCCGUGCCCUGGCUGCCGCCCACCUCUCAAAAGGGCGCCCCCUACCACCGCCUGGGCAUCUACCUUCUGGAGCAGAAGCCCGACACCAAGCUCGACGUUGCCAAGCUCAAGGAGCUGUACGCCUCCCGCGACGGCUUCUCCCUCAAGUCCUUCCGCGACAAGUUCAGCCUCACCCCCGUGGGCUUCAACAUGUUCCGCAGCGUCUGGGACGACAACACUGCCGGUGUCAUGGCCCGCCACGGCAUUGCCGGCGCGGACGUCGAGUUCAGGCCGACGCGCGUGCACAGCUUGAAGCCGCCCGUCAAGCCGCGCGGUUGGGAAGCCAAGAGACAGGGUCCUGCGUAUAGACAUCUGUGGAAGUACACGAAGCGUAUCAAGGGGUUGUCUAAUGCUCGGGGAUGGACUAAGAGGAGGUAAAGGAAAAGGAGAGGAGAAUUCAGGGGAGGAAGGAGAAAAAAAAUCAAAAUAGAAGUCAUGAAAUCUGUACGAUAUUCUUGUUAUGUGUAUAAAAAAUGUAGUAGUUGUGGGUAGAUGGGCUAGGGAAGGAUUGCAUGUACUUACGAGAGGGAAAGAAAAAAAAAAUUACAUCUCAAUAAUCAAAACAAUGCCC